AGUUGAGCGAGUUGGAGCGGCUAAGCUGCGAGAUCGGAAGUCGGGAUAUGGCUGUCUUCUCGCUGAUCAUACUGGUGUGUCAAUGAGACCAGUUCGGAAGCAAUGAAACAUGGCAGAAGCUAUGUUUUCCGAAGACGGGAAAUACUAUUCAACAAUUACGAAAGAUGGCAGACUUAAGAUAUGGGAUACGGAGACCAACGUACUCAAACAGGAAUACACACCUGAUCUUCACUUAACAUCACCUCCUACGUGCCUACAGUGGACAACCGUCAGUCAAUCAGUUUCAAACUUAAAAGGGAACCGAAGCAAUUCAAAUGCAAGUACAAGCGAAAAUGAGUCCCAAUGCAUAGUAUUAGGCACUACAAAUGGUAAACUGUUAAUAUACUCAAUAAGUCAAGCGAAAAUAAUAAAUGUUUGGGUGCCCGCCAAACAUUUUAGCGCUAAAGUGACCGCCCUGGAUUGGAGUAGAAAAUACGGUUUGUACAGCUGUACUAAGGACAGUAGAGUCUAUGAGUGGAACAUAGAAGAUGGUUCAGUUAAACAAACCUAUAAUAUUUCUAUUGAAAAUAAUACGAAGCAGGGAAGCAAUAUAAACGCCAUAAAAAUUAUACCACACAAUCAGCACAAGAAAUCCCGGUACUUAGUAACUGCGUCAUAUCAGCUCAGUCUUUGGAGGCUUCACAAUAAAGAUGUGACAUUGAUCAAGAGCUUAGGAUACAGUACUUCGCAGACCGCUAUUCUGUCACUUGUCAGUUUCAAUGACGCAUAUUACAUUGUUGAAGGAUCAGAGAAUGAACGUCUUCUAUCGUUCUGGGACGUGACUGUUACUGAUGAAAGCACUCAAAACAACAACGAUGAGCCGACACCAAACAAACGUCACAAGAGAAAGCACAGUGCGGUGCCGGUCCAACCCACGCCCAUGUACAGCUUCGUGCUCGAGGACGCACCGAGAGCAAUUGACUCAGUACUCAGAGAAGGUGAUGGGGUCCAGCUGAAUAUCGUCGCUGCUACGAGGAGCGGAGUUGUGCAUUACUAUCAGCAUACUUUAAAUGGAUCAUCAACAAAACCAAUAAAGCCAUCAUUAACUAUACAAACAACGACAGCUGAUGCCAAACCUCUACCGCUACAGUGCUGUCGGCUUCAGCAGGAUGGAAACAUCAAUCUCGGAUACCUCAACGAUAGAGGGCUGGUUUUUGAGAAGAUCACACCGGACUUAAAAACGAAAACUCAAGUACUGAUCAGGGGCGACGUUAAAGAGAAAAAGAAAACCAAACAAAACGAUAAUUCACUGUUGAGAACGGAAUUUCAUAGUUCUGAGGCUACGUACCUGGACAACACCGCGGUGGCCCCCAGGAAACGAACGGCGCCGGGAGCGAACCCUAGUAUCGAGGUCCCUAUGGAAGCUCGCCUCCAGAACCUGGCUCUAGACGUGAACAGCAAGAGUAACGUUGCGGUCAAUGAAAACCUCACCAAACUAUUAAUCCAGGGACUGCACUCGAAGGAUAAGGAUAUCAUCCUGACGGUCCUUCAGAAGAAUGAUCCCCGUGUGGCCAGGGUCACAGUCUCCAAUCUGCCUCCGCAAUAUGUAUUUAUGCUUCUAGAACAACUAACCGAAAUGUCCUUGAAGAAAACUAGCCAGUGCGCGGCGGCGUGCGUGUGGGCGGGCGCGGCGCUGCGGGGGGCGGGGGGAGCGUUGGGGGGAGGGGGCGGAGGCGCGCUCGCCGCGUUACUCGCCGCACUCACCAACAGACGGUCACACCUAUGUCAGCUGCUGAACCUGAAGGGCCGGCUGGAGCUGACGCUGACGCAGCGGCUGCUCGCGCUCGGAGCAGAGAAGCAAGACGAGCAAACUGCCGUACUUGAUUAUAAUGACUCGUCAGACGAAGACAACGAUGCGGAUAUGGAGCCCUCGCAGUCCGAGAGCGGCGCCUCCUGGGACGAGAGCGACGAACAACUCUCUGACGACGGAGAUGUAGAAAUAAGCGAUGCAGAAUAAAUUAUAU